ACGAGACCAAACAGACUCAGCCUUCAAAACUAAAGCGAUAGGGAGCUUCCGCGUGAGUCGUACAUUUCACACAAUCUAAACGCAAAUGCAUGUGAAGUGAACCAUACAUUAUUUUUUCAUCGUAGCCUCUGAAAAAUCAUGUAACAUUUCACAGCCUCAAAAAGUAGUUUUUCUCGGGCACACCCUCAACCUACGAGCGGACAUUCACCUGAACUCUGUACCACGAUGAACAGCUCGUCCAUGGAUGCAUACACUCUCUGUCAUAACUCGAUGCAGCCGCUAUAUGUACUGCUAUCUGCCGUGUGUGUCGAUAUCGUAAAGCCAGCGACUGGCUCCAAGAAGAAGAAGAGGAGGAAGCGAACGGGUAGCGAGGAUGACAAGAAUGAGUCAACACAAAGCAGCAGCAACAUCCGUCACUGGAGGACGUGGCAAAGUACCUCGAGGACCUGUCCAGCCUGCUUCGUGAGGUGUCGCGACCUUUCCGACCUUUCCCCUCAGUGGAGAGACAGCUGGUCAACCUCGAGGAGGAGCUGAGGAGAUGUCAGCUGCCCUUCGAUGAUAAGAACUUUGAGUGGUCAAUGUACCCACAGACUUGUAAGCUGAUUCUGCAGAGCUACAACAUGUCAAUGGAGGACUCCCAAGAUGUCUUGGACUCUAAACUAACAUUUCUAGAUAGUCUUCUCCAGCGACUGGACCAUCACCGCGCACAGACUGCCAGUACCGUCAAAGGAAACUCUGCAUAGAUGAAGUGUUGUUACACAACCAAGAAAUUAGAGCGGGUAUUUUAUGAAGCGUUGGGAGUGGGUGAGAGAUGGCGAGUGAGUCGUUUUUCUUUGGUUUUCUGUGCUUUUUAGGUGUAAUUUUUCUCCUGAUACGUUUUUGGUCAUUUCUGUGUUACAAUCAGAAACACGGCAUGCAUUUGUAAAUCGAUCCACCUUGUCCAUCGUAUAUAUGUGCUCUGUCUGUCCAACAGUCAAAGAUAUUAUAUCUUCCCCGUUUGUUGCUAUGAUUGUUGUGUGUCUAUUAAUUAAACAACUGUUUAUGCAGUCAUGAAGUUUGUUAUUUCUGAGCAACAAAAGUAAACCUGGCGUCUGGCUAUAAUACAACGUCAAGCCUGUGCAAUGGUGCGAGGAAUGGUAUGCAGCUAGCUGUAAGUAGCUUCCAACCACCGAUUUCCUGUUGCGAUUGUAACUGCCAGUGAUAGCAUGGAAGAAGGGGACGACGUUUCUCUACCGUUGGAAGACGAAGAUGGAUACAUCCAGUGCAACGACUUACCAGUCAGCGAUAGUACCAUUUACGAUUCUAAUUUCGCACGUAAAUUGUCGCCGACGGUAUUAUCGCGACGUCCGUUGGAAGAAAGCGAGCAGUGGUUCAUCAUGGGCUCAAGAAAGCGGUCCAAGAGCCUGGAGCGGCUCUCGGCCGCUUCCGUACGUCCGUCGACGUCGCGUGGAGGAAACGCUAGCGACGCGGACUUCUCCACCGCGCCGAGAAGAAGGCGUCGCGGUCAGCUGGAGGCGUCUCCUCGCGCCGUGGCGGCUCCUGCCCCGCGGAUACCCCCGCGGCCCACAUACCAGCUUCUGAACAGGUUCCACCAGCAGCGAACCAACCUCUCCCACCCUUCUCCUGCUACCCCCGGACGCUCAGCGUCCCCUGCGGCUCAGGGAAGGGCUCCUGCGUUACCGAGAAAAAAGUACGUGGCGUUGGACGUCGGUGUAAAGGAGAAAGGAACGGCUGGAGGACGGAGAACUGCAGGCACUAACAGUCGAAACUCCCCUCGUCUCGUCAGCUCCACCAAGGCCGCUCAGCCGAGGAUCGGCUACACCGUCCUUCAGAUCGACUCUGCUGACGGAGCCGCAUCUGCAUCGCCUCCGCUGACGCCACGCGUCGUGGUCCGUCGGGAACGGGCUCCCGUGCAGAGGUGCAAGAGCACAGCCUCUGAGCGUUCCGUAGUCGUGCAACGCGACCCGCAACCCAGGCAUUCUGCCGCAUAUCCUAUCCAACAUCACCACACGCAGCACUCUCUCUGCACAGGGGAGACACUAGGAGUGUCGCCUUCCCUGAGAAAACCCAGGAAAUUGUCAGCCCCCAAUACAGUCUCUCUGGACGAACAAAACCUGUCUCGUGAACUGGUCAAUCCAGUCAAACCAGAAGAAUCAUCGGCCUCCUCCCUACAUAUCAUAGACCUGAGGAGUGGGACAACUGUCUAUAGAGAUGACAGCGGCAGUCAAGCCCAGCGUCCUCCCCCUCCGCACAGAAAACCUCCGACCAGACCUCCAGCCCCCCUCCCUCGCGCCAGGAAAGACCUCCCCAACAAACCCCCAACUACAACGAAAAUCGCUGGUGAACCCACAGAUUUGGAAGGCUACGUCGAAAUGUCGCCUGCGGACACUACCAAACGUACUUCCACCUCUCAGCUGCCGAACAGUGGCUCGAUAAAUACCACUCCGUUACCGCGGGAAUUACGGGGGCAGCGAGGAGAAAGGGGAAGGGGAGGAAAGGAUAGGCUUCCCACCCCUGAGAGCGAGCCAGAGGAUUUUGAGGCCUAUUCGUACGUUGACCUGGUCAAAAACAGACAUUUGCUGAGUCGCGACGGUCAGGGGCCUGACGCAGUAGGCCACCCUACUACCAACACAGGUGGCUGGGAGGACGGUCCUCUGCCAGUCUAUACUCCUCUCAAUUUCUCGAUGGACGGGGGAGGUGGAAUGGUGGAUGAAGGAGGUGGAGUGUACAUGAGUCCAGAGGUCACCGAGUCACCCUUGUCCCCAGAGCCACCGUCUCAACGGGACUCUACCGUAGGAGGCACCUGUGGGGGUAACCCUGUCCUGAUUAUCGGCGACACUCAAAACGGAAGGGACGAUGGAGGUCAGUGUAAAGUGAUAUGUACACACGCAUACCACUCUCUCUCCCUUUGUCUCCGCGUGUGCUGCGUGUGGUGUCAUGUGAUACCUGUCUGGUGUCAUGUGAUACGCCUCUGGUGUCAUGUGAUACGUCUCUGGUGUAUUGUGAUACGGUACAGCGGGAGAAUUUCGUUUGGUAACAUCUCCAAAUAACCGAAAAGGUUUUUGUUUUGUAGUGCGUUCUUGUUCCACCGUCCACAUACAUCAAGACACAACAUUAUCGUAGUCCACUUGCCAAUAUCCCUGCCUCCUCCUCUUUCUCCUUGCGAAUGAAAAAAGAUUUCCCCACUAAGCUAUUCUUUACCACUGCCAUGAGAUCGUUUCUGUCACCUUAAUAAUUCAUUGACCUAAGCUCUCAUAAUGUGUAGCAGAUGGUAUGACUGUCUUUGGUAAUUCUAUCCACUUUGUAAGGUGUCCUCGUAGUAAGGUAGUAAUCGGCAGGCUAUUAAAUCGAUUGCAAGUCGUUAUACGUAGUUUACUUAACUCACUCUUUAAUUGUGAAUGUCAAACAAGUGAUGCGUGCAUAUGUCAUGCAUGUGUGUGUGUGUGUGUGUGUGUGUGUGUGUGGUGUCCCCCUGAGCUGGUCGCUGCAAAUAAGUUCGCGAUAUAUA